AUGACAUCGAAUGACGAUCUCGCUCCAUUGGAGCCCCUUCACACGUCCAUUGGACUUGGAGAAGAGAAACCCGCAUCCGGAGGAGUCAAGCGCGACAGCGCAGAGCCCGACACUACAGCGAACAAGGACAUAGCGAGUCCGGGUCAAGUUCCGUCAAAGCGUCCUCGCUCCCGCUCUUCAUCGCAGUCAGAGGAUGCGGUAUCAAAGAAACCGAAACUGAACGAUCCCGCGCCUAUUACUACACCCAUCCCCGCACUUGUUCCUACACCCAUCCCCGCGCCUGUAGCUAUACCAGCCCCUGCAACGUCGGCCAAUGGGCGUCAAGGCCUACUCAAGCUCCCCGUAGAGUUACUAGACAAUGUUAUGGAGCAUCUAUACCAUGAAAAGAAGGGUAGACAAUUCCUGUACGACGUCACUCAGGUCUGCAAAUAUCUUCAAGCUCCCGCUGCUCGCCCUCUCUACCAACAUGUCGCCAUCAACAUCGACCAAAGCCCGUGUCAGGACGCUAGCUUCAUGGCGGAUACCUAUCUGCCAUGUACCCUGGACCAGAUGAAACUUCACCAGACGCGAACACUGACGCUCUCUGCUUCGAACGAUGAGGAAGUCGGAUAUAUUCUGGCUGAGUUUCUCAUGGAGCUCCGUGACGUACCGCUGAAGGAGCUUCGGCUUACUGACGUCUCCCUCUCUCGCAAGGUCGAUACCUAUCUCCAGAUGCUAUUCGAUGCCGACUCGAUGCCACUGAAGGAAAACCUCAAAGAGCUGUAUCUUCCAUGGGCUUGUGACUCUAUCCCGCAGCCACACCGUAUGAUGGACUCUUCAGUCAACUACACGUUCCAGCCUACCCGAAGAGAAAGCAAAGACGCACUCCUGGUGCACGGUGGCGGUUACAAGGCUAUGUCACACCGCAAUUCAGAGACAGGCACGUCGGUGAACAUGUUCCGUAGAGUUCUCGGCGCCUUUGGGUUCCCGACCGCACAAGGUUUCGAAUCAGUAUCAUGGUCGAUGCGAUGGCCCGAGCAUGACUGUGCAAACAUCUUCGACAUGGCUCCUGCGCCACCCCCCACCAUCCGCUGCUUCAACAUCACGCAUCUGAGCCUCGGUCACUUCGACUUUGGCCACGGUUUUCCCCAGGAUACCUACACAUGCAUCAACUUCUCCAGCAUACGCCGGCUCGAACUGGAUGACUGCCAGCUGCUACCCCGCUUCCUCAGACACUUCAUGGCUACUGGCGUCAGUCUUCAGAAGCUGGACGUGCAAAACUGGGACUACGCUGAAGAGCUUUGGGAGGAGAAUCCUCACGGUCUUGAGGCGUUUCUCGCUUCAUUCUCGACCCUGAAAGACCUCAAAGUCGUCUCGCUCAACCCUUGGCAGCCGGACUUGGCUCGGAUGAUCUCCAGCCAUUCCGACCUGGAGUCAUGUGAUCUGAGCUUUGGGGCGAACUCUCUCAACGUAGGUAUGCUGAAGAAAAUCUUGGCUAUCCGUCCCAACCUCAAGCGGCUGGGAUUUCGACACUUAAUGUUUGGACUACCAUGGAAGCACGACGGCUUCGCUGGGAAGAUACAUGGCGUUACCGGAGCGCAGAUCACCGGCUUCGACAACCGUUUUGCCGCCUACGCCGAGGUUUUGGCAAACUUCUCUGAGCUGGAAACGGUCGUUGCGUACUUCGAGCCGUUUGAGAGCGAUGGUGGCUCUUCCAAGGAAGGCCCAGGAGGCGACAAUCCUCCUGACGACCCCAUGUAUCAACGUCUCUCGGAUCGUAUUCUGCAAGAGAUCCGCAGGGUAGCCAGUAAGAACGGUUUGGGAGAGUCGAAGGUUGCAACCAUGGUCCUGCACGACAAGGCUCUCCCAGGUGAGGAUCUCCUCGGUGAAGAGGAUGUAGUUGAUCAGAACUACUAUGAGAGGGAAUACAAGUACAAGAGCGGUACUAGUAGCAAGAUGAGCUUCCUUGCAUAG